AUGACGGACUUCAGCAUCGAGCGCAUCCUCUCCCCGCAGCUCGGACACAAGCAGCCGCAGCUGAGGGACUGUCCUCCGGGAGGAUGUUCCCACAGGAUCCCCGCAGGAUUCAGUCUGGACUCCGGGAACGUCGGACCUCCUGCGCCGGUCCUGGUGCCGGUGCCGGUGCCGGGCUGCUUGCAGUACCGGGGGAUGAGCUUUGGAGAGGCGUUUUACCCGCUCGGAGCCGGUUUCCAUCAUUCAGACUUCAGCAGCUUUUAUCCAAACUUACAGCAAAGCGCUCACCUGCGCUUCAGCGGCCAGGACUCUGCAGAUGCCCAGCAGGUUGCAGGUUAUCAUGGUUACCAUCACGCCGGGUUGCCUGCGCAGCCGCAGUCCCGUCAGAAGGCCCGGAUGAGGACGGUGUUCACCGACACUCAGACCAAGCGGCUCGAGGCGCUGUUCGAGCUCAACCAGUACCCGGCGGUGGAGGCGCGCGCUGAGGUGGCGCGGAGCACCGGGCUGAGCGAGGAGACCGUCAGGGUGUGGUUUAAGAACCGCAGAGCUCGGACGAAGCGGCAGCGCAGCGGGUCAAAGGUCAAAUCCCCCUCCCCUCCCCCCACAGAGCCAGCAGAUAAGAAGUUCCUCUCCUCCAUCCUCUGA